UGGCCGGUAUUGGACACAACAAGUUUGCGGGAGAUCGCCGGAGGAACUGACAACAAGUGUGCGGUGGGAAAAUCCGGGUAACAACGAAGCUCUCAUUCCCAUUGGACGUUACCUUACGAGUAUGAACACAGCACCUUCACACAACUCCAGCCGAACAGACUACCAGAAAUGAAGAUAAUCAGUGUCCUGUCCAUCCUUGCGUUGCUCCUGCUGACGCUCCACGGAGUCCCCGGCUCGGAGGGCCGCCAUCGCCGCGGGAAGAAGAAAGAGUGUCGCGACCCGCCGAGGAGCGCGCUCCGCAGAAAACUCCGCUUCUUCAACGGCUACAAGGAGAGCCCCUUCAUCCGCCCACUGCAGAAAAUACGCCACCAGGUGAAGAAUGCCACGAGGCACCGUAACCCGUGCAAGGCGUACUCCAAGAGCACAGACGUGCAUCACAGGUCCUCCAGUCCAUGGAACUACAGGAUAGACUACGACCCUAAGAGAUUUCCUGACGAGCUGGCAGUGGCAGAGUGCCUGUGUAAGGGAUGUCUGAUCCACGGGUUUGAAGACUUCACCAUGCAGAGCCAGCCGGUCACCACUAAGAUCCAGGUGCUGCACAGUACGGGGAGGUGUGACUGGCGAGGGUUCUUCUCUUACAGGUUCCACUGGGAAGAUGUGCCCAUCGCCUGUACUUGUGUGCGUCCUGAGCCAGCUGUAAACAUGCAGGACAGUGACGUGUAUGAAGACUACGAUGAGUACGAGUAUGACUGAAGGAAGUAUAGCAAAGUUCUUUGAUCCCAACCAUUUAUUUUUCACGAGCCAACAAAGGUGCACUAUGCACCAAGUAACAUCUAGCGUCAG